AUGAACUUCCCACCAUCGCGGUCGACCUCGCUCUCUGUCGACCCGCAGCCGACGAGCCGGCCGUCGGUGGGCUCGCGCUUGUCGUCGGCCGUAUCCAUCGCCGAACGCGGCGAGACCCAGGAUGGCGGCGGUAUUGCUGCGCAGCACCAAAUCGACGAGGAGAUUGCUAAGAUCCAGCGAUAUGAGGACUUUACAACCAUUGACUGGGUCCAGGAUGCGGCGCGCGAGCAGCUGCGAAGAAAGGCGAGGAGGAAACGGCAGGCGGGCCUCUACGGCGGGGGGCACUCCGGCUGGCGACUGAAGAUUCGCGAGGCGUAUGAUGCCGCCCAAGGCUGGAUUGUCGUGACCAUCAUCGGCGCGACCAUUGGGCUAAAUGCGGCGUUCCUGAAUAUCAUUACCGAGUGGCUGGCCGACAUCAAGCUGGGGUACUGCUCGAGCAAGUUUUACUUGAACGAGGACUUUUGCUGUUGGGGAGAGGAAGAUGGCUGUUCUGAUUGGCAUCAGUGGACGAUAUUUGAACCAUUUAAUUACAUCGUCUACAUCAUUUUCGCGACUUUGUUCGCCCUUACAGCCGCUAGCCUGGUCAAGUCGUACGCCCCUUACGCUGCCGGCUCGGGCAUUUCUGAGAUCAAGUGCAUCAUCGCCGGCUUCGUCAUGAAAGGCUUCCUCGGCUUUUGGACACUGGUCAUUAAGUCUCUAGCCCUCCCCCUUGCCAUCGGGUCCGGGCUCUCAGUCGGCAAAGAAGGGCCGAGUGUCCAUUAUGCCGUUUGCACCGGCAAUGUUAUUUCUCGACUUUUCAACAAGUACCGCCGAAACGCCUCCAAGACCCGAGAAGUCUUGAGCGCCUGUGCCGCUGCUGGCGUAGCUGUCGCGUUUGGCAGUCCUAUCGGCGGGGUUCUUUUCUCCCUCGAGGAAAUGUCGAGUUACUUCCCGCUCAAAACGCUCUGGCGCAGCUACUUUUGCGCCCUCGUGGCCACCGCUGUUCUAGCUGCCAUGAACCCUUUCCGGACCGGCCAAUUGGUCAUGUUCCAGGUCAAGUAUGACCGGUCUUGGCAUUUUUUCGAGGUUGUGUUCUACAUCAUUAUUGGUGUCUUUGGCGGGCUCUACGGCGCAUUCGUCAUGAAAUGGAACCUCAAAGUGCAGGCGUUCCGCAAAAAGUACCUAGCCGGCUACGCCGUCCUUGAGGCCACCAUGCUGGCGCUGGCUACUGCCAUUGUUUGCUACCCCAAUGCGUUCCUGAGGAUGGAAAUGACGGAGAGCAUGAAAGUCCUCUUCCGGGAAUGCGAGGGGGCUGAGGACUACCAUGGGCUUUGCGACACCCAGCAUCGAUUUUGGAACGUUGUUUCCCUCAUCCUGGCGACUGUGAUCAGGAUAUUUUUUGUCAUCAUCUCUUACGGGUGCAAAGUCCCCGCCGGGAUCUUUGUGCCGUCCAUGGCCGUGGGGGCGUCAUUUGGACGGACGGUCGGCAUUAUUGUCCAAGCCAUCCACGAGGCGAACCCGAAGAGCGUCUUCUUCUCCUCGUGCGCACCAGACGUUCCAUGCAUUACUCCCGGGACCGGUAUCAUGCACCUCACUGUUUCCGUCGUCGUUAUCAUGUUCGAGUUAACUGGAGCACUCACUUACAUCCUCCCAACGAUGAUCGUCGUUGGCGUCACCAAAGCCGUUAGCGACCUGUUCGGGAAAGGCGGGAUCGCUGAUCGUAUGAUCUGGUUCAGUGGUAUGCCAUUUCUGGACCACAAAGAGGAACACAAUUUCGGCGUCUCGGUGUCUCAGGCUAUGAUCUCCGACGUCAUCUCUAUCCCAGCCACAGGGAUGACCCUCAAAACCGUCGAACGCCUGCUCCUCAAGGACAACUACCAGGGCUUCCCCAUCGUCGAGGACGACACUUCACGCAUCCUCAUUGGCUACAUCGGCCGCACCGAGCUUCGCUACGCCGUCGACCGCGCCAAACGCGAGCGCACCCUCAGCCCACUCUCCAAAUGCACCUUUUCCGUCCCUUCCGCCUCCGCCUCCACCACAGCCGCUGGCUUCGGCGGUACCAUGCACCCGCUGACCCCCUCCUCUGCUUUCCCACCUUCCCCUUCCUCUCCAUUCCCGCCCAUCUCAACCCCUGCCGCUACCUCUCCGUUGGACUACGCCACCUCAACCUCGACCACCAUCGACUUCGCCCCUUACAUCGACACCACCCCGGUGACCGUCCACCCCCGGCUCCCGCUGGAAACAGUCAUGGAGCUCUUCCGCAAGAUCGGCCCGCGCGUCAUCCUCAUCGAGCACCGCGGCCGGCUUGCCGGUUUGGUCACCGUCAAGGACUGCCUCAAGUACCAGUUCAAGGCGGAAGCGUCCGCCGAGGCCGAAGCCGCCGAGGCGGCUGCUGACCACCACCAGACUGGUAGUGGUCAUCACCUGCGGCGGCGGCGGCAGGAAGAGGAAGAAGAAGGGCAGGAGAGGGUGUGGGGCAUGAUCAAGGCCGCGGCAGGGUGGGUGUCGGAUACGGUGGGGCGGGUGAGCGGUGGGCGUGUGAGGUUGAGUGAUUCGUGGGAGGGGGAGAGGGAACGGGAACGGGAACGGGAACGGGAGGGGGUGGUGGGUGGUGUGGGGAGGCCGAGAGGGCUUGGAGGGCAUGGGAUACUAGACGGGACGGAGGAUGUUGGCGACGAGGAUGGGGGCUUAGACCCCGUCUCCACGAGCAGUGGGCCGACAGCAGCGGCGUCCUCCUCAUGCCGGAUGAACCCGAGUGCCAAUAGGUUCGACGAGCUGGUCCUCGCACUCAAGGACGCCCUGGGUCCGUCGUCUGGCCUGACCUCGGAUGACGUUGACGUGGAGCACCUCACGCAGCUGAUGCGCGACUAUGCCUCAGAUCCACGGGAGUGGGCGAGGUUCGCCAUGGGUGACGAGAGUCGUGGGUAUACCCGAAACUUGGUCGACGAAGGGAAUGGAAAGAGUAACUUGCUCGUCCUUGUGUGGUCUCCCGGCAAAGGGAGCCCGAUCCACGACCACGGCAACGCCCACUGCCUGAUGAAGAUCCUGCACGGUGAUCUGACAGAAACGAGAUAUGACUUCCCCGAGAGCGGGCAAGAAGAGAAGCCAAUGCGCGUCAUCUCCGAGAAGGUGCACCAAGAAAAUGCGGUGGCGUACAUGGCGGACGAGCUCGGCGUUCACCGGGUGUCGAACCGAGGCAGCACCUUCGCUGUGUCUCUACACUUGUACACGCCACCGAAUGUCGCGAAGGGGGGUUGCCAUAUCUUCAAUCCCGAGACGGGGAAGAAGAGCCAUAUCAAGAACUGCGGAAACUACUCCGCGUAUGGGAAGAAGUUGUGA